GAAAUAUAGCAGGCAGCAUCGUCUCGGUCACCAAAACACAUCCGUGUGUCGAGAUAGUCUAUAAUUGCUCGUAGCUCACGACAGAUUCAACGAGAAAUUGCGCUUGUUGAAAAGUUUUUUGAAAGAACGGCGGGGCGGAGGUAGCGGUGGCGGCGAUUUGUAAAAUCGCUCGAGGAACAUGAUCCGCGUGGACGAAUCGGAUCCAGUGGGAGAGAUUGAACCCAGCUUCCCUUAUAGAGACGUGACGAUCCGUCGAGAUGUCGAGUUCAAAGACGAUUAUGACAUCCAGGCAGAGUUGGGACGGGGAAAAUUUGGCAUUGUUUAUCGAUGCAGGGAAAAAGUGAGCGGUUUGAUGCUCGCGGCAAAAGUGGUGAACAUCUCGAAGAAAGAAGACAGACGAACUGUGCAGAGAGAAGUCGAAAUCAUGCGGCGCUUACAGCAUCCACGAUUGAUUCAGCUUUACGACGCUAUAGACGCAGGAAAACACAUAUAUGUUAUUCUAGAAUUGAUCGACGGCGGCGAGCUCUUUGAGAGAGUGAUAGACGAUGAUUUUGUACUGACGGAACGUAGCUGCGCCGUAUUUAUGCGACAGAUAUGCGAAGGAAUAGAAUUCAUGCACGGUCAAGAUAUCUUACAUCUUGACCUAAAACCUGAGAAUAUUCUGUGUCUAACGAAAGAAGGUAACAGAAUCAAAAUCAUAGAUUUCGGUCUAGCGAGGGAAUACGAUCCGAACAAGAAGCUCCAAGUUUUAUUUGGUACACCCGAAUUUGUUGCCCCGGAAGUCGUGAACUUCGAUCAGAUUGGUUUUGGUACCGAUUUGUGGAGCAUAGGUGUAAUUUGUUACGUCUUAUUGUCCGGUUUGUCACCGUUUAUGGGCGAUACGGAUAUCGAAACGAUGGCUAAUGUAACUAUUGCAAAGUACGAUUUUGAUCACGAAGCUUUCGCCGACAUUUCCGACGACGCGAAGGAUUUUAUUAGAUGCCUAUUGGUAAAGGACAAAGAAAAGCGAAUGACGGCGUCGCAAUGUCGGGAGCACCCAUGGCUGAUACGGAAGACGAACAAGACUGUCAGAAGUGAGAAGGAAGUCGCGGAACUCGCAGCAACCGAACGAACAGCCCUAAUCGAAAAUCGUCCUGUCGUAGAUAUCGAUAACAGCAAGGAGGAACUGGACGUAGCGAAAGAUAAUCUCAGAUUGUUCGUCGAACGUUGGCGGGAACAUCCGGACAGUCCGUAUACGAUCGAUUCGUAUCAGACUUUGCCGAAAAAUUCGCUUCACGAUCAUGACGAGGUGUCCUUGCGAGCUCAAAGUCCUUCUCCUUGCGACAGUCUUUGUAGCGGCAGCACGCAAUCGGAGAAGAUGAUGGACAGAGUCGAGAGUUCCGGUCACCUAUUAUCCGUGCCAAGUAUCAGCUUGUCCUGGGAGAGAAGAGCCUCCGAGGGUACAACACAGAACCGUCGCGAUCCCGCUAGUCAAAUCGCUCUGGCCGAAGAGAUUAUCAGACUGUCCGAACAUUUGCGCACGAUUGCUCUGCGAUCGACUGAGGAAGAUACUGAGAUGAACGCAACAGAAACGUCGUUACAACGUUCCAUCAAGAGACCGGGCGACGUUGGGAACAAUCGCGGUACGUACUCGAAGAAUAACGUAACAGUGACCGUGACUCGCAGCAAUCAAGAGACCAAUGAGAUCACGGAAAAAUUGUCGCGUAUGACCCGGCAACGAAAGUUGAAUGGGACGACCUUUCACAGUAGCCGAAGUUUUGAUCGAUAUAAUGUCGACGUAAAUCCCGAAAACCUGUUUGUAGCUCUGAGGCGAACCAGCAUCAGCGACAGCGAGACAUCCGAGAGGGGCCGCAAGUAUUCCCUUGAACAAACGAUCGCCGAUGAAAUGAGGGAGGAGUUUAAUUUCGACGAGAGGAUGAAGAAAAAAACCAUUCAGCCGUCAUCUCUUCUUAAAGAAAAGGAGGACAAGAAAAUGGACUUGACGCCACCGUGGCGGCGGUCGCGAGUGAAACGGUCUUUUGGCGAGACCAGCAGAGAUGUGCCGCGUAUAUCGAAUCUGCGGAAUCUGCACAAAAAUCUGAACCUCGACGAGCCGGGAAGUGCUAAGGACUUGUUGUUACAUUUGCUGGGCGAAUGGGAGGAAGUCACCCCGUCGUCCCGCGAUAGUGCCGGAAGAAAGUCUGUGAGUCUGGAUUGGUGCAGCCAAUCCGACACGGUCGCCAGGAAGACGAUGAACUCGUUGGCGGAAUACUUCCAAUCGAAACAGUAGGAAGCAAACUUUCGAUCGCGUCGUCCGUUGUUACGUCAUAUAUGUAUCGUUAAAAUCGCGUCGUUUAUAUAUUGUUACAAUGCUUGAAUUUUUCAAAUGCAAAAUGCAAAAAAUCGUCGAUCGGUCACAAACACGCAAACCACUAUAGAAAAAAAGCAGAAUUAAAAAAAAAGGAUCGAUAAGAAUUAACCUUGCAAACUUGAAAAUUUUUUUAUUACGCUGAACCCAUACAGCACCGACGCAGAUUGCGGAAACAUUGCAGAGACAUAUUGCAUUGUAAGAUCGCAAUGUUGUAGCAACGUUGUGUAAUAUUGUUGCGACGUUGAAACGUUCACCCUCACAGAGAUCUCGCAGUGCAACAUCACAGCAAUAUUGCGAUGUAAUUUAUUUGCAACAAUAUUACACACACAUAAGUAUAUAAAGCAAAACUGGAUAUUUGUGUAGAUGCGAACAAAACACAGGAUGUUUGUGCGGUUUAAUAUUUUUUAUUGAAAACUAAAAACUUACAAUUACAAUAACAUUAUAAAAUAUUUAACAGAACGAUGGCUCUUAGAAGCAGACACGGAUGUAGAGGUGCAAAUUUUGACUUUGUUUAUUAUAAAAGUAAAAAGUUUUCGACCUGUGGAAAACGUUCUACUUUUUUUACUUUUAUAAUAAACAAAGUCAAAAUUUGCACCUCUACAUCUGUGUCUGCUUCUAAGAGCCAUCGUUCUGUUAAAUAUUUUUUAAAUUGUUGAAGCGUUACACACAUCAAAA